GUGACUACCUUGGCCGGCGGUGGCCCGCGGACGAUGCUCGCCCUCCUGGGCGCGACGACCCUGGUGCUGGUCGCUGCGGUGCGGUGGAUGUUGCCCGCAGCCGCAGGAGAAACAAAUCUAAAAUCUCCUCAAAAUGUAGAGGUGUACAUCAUUGAUGAUACCUUUAUCCUGCAGUGGAACAGAAGUGAACCGUCUGUCAAGAAUGUGACUUUUUCAGCAGAUUAUCAAACUCUUGAAAAUGAUACUUGGGUAAAAUUGCCUGGCUGUCAGUCUGUCGCCAGUACCAAAUGCAACUUUUCUUCAGUCAAGCUCAAUGUUUAUGAAGAAAUUAAAUUGCGGAUAAGAGCGGAGAAGGACAGCCACACUUCUCCAUGGCAUUAUGUUGACUCAUUCACCCUAUUUGGAAAAGCUCAAAUUGGUCCCCCAAAAGUACAUUUAGAAGCUGAAGAUAAGGCAAUAAUAAUAAACAUCUCCCCACCUGGAACAAAAGAUCAUGGCAUGUGGGCUCUGGAUAGCUCAAGCUUCACCUACAGCUUGGAUAUCUGGAAAAACUCUUCAAGUGGAGAAAGAAGGACUAAAACUGUUUACCCCAGAGAUAAAAUUUAUAAACUCUCACCCGAGACCACUUACUGCUUAAAAGUUAAAGCAAGACUUUUGCCGAGAAAAACUGGUGUCUAUAGUCCCGUGUAUUGUAUAAAGACCACAGUUGAAAAUAAACUGCCUCCACCAGAAAAUAUUCAAGUUGAUGCUAAAAAUCACAUCUAUGUUCUUAAAUGGGAUUAUACAUAUGAAAAUGUGACUUUUCAAGCUCAGUGGCUCCAUGCCUAUUUAAAAAAGAUUCCUGGGGACAAUUCAGGUAAAUGGAAACAAAUACCAAACUGUGAAAAUGUCCAAACUACACAGUGUGUCUUUCCCAAAAAUACUUUCCGAAAAGGAAUUUACCUUAUCCGUGUUCGAGCAUCGGAUGGAAAUACCACAUCUGUUUGGUCUAACGAAGAAAAAUUUGAUACUCAGUUACAAAUUACCCCGUUUCCUCCAGUCAUUACCAUGAAAUCCACUAACGAUGUUUCCCUGCGGGUCUAUAUCAGCGCUCCAGAAGAGUCUGAAAACAAGCCUGUGAACCAUCAUUACCCACUAAUUUAUGAAAUUAUAUUUUGGGAAAAUACUUCAAAUGCUGAGAGAAAAAUUCAAGAGAAUAGAACAGAUUUUACUUUUCCUAAAUUGAAACCACUGACUGUGUAUUGUGUCAAAGCCAGAGCGCUCAUUCAGGAAGGAAAGUGGAAUAAAAGCAGUGUUUUUAGUGAUAUUGUGUGCGAGAAAACAAAACCAGGAAAUACUUCCAAAACCUGGCUCAUAGCUGGAGUUUGUGCUGCAUUGUUUUCCAUCCCGGUUGUCAUCUAUGUCAUGAAACUUCUCUUUAGAUGUAUCAGUUAUGUGUUCUUUCCAUCAAGUAAACCUCCUUCCACUAUAGAUGAGUAUUUCUCUGAGCAACCGCUCCGGAAUCUCCUCCUUUUUACUUCCGAGGAACACACGGAAAGAUGUUUUAUAAUUGAAAACAGAAACACUAUCACGGCAGUAGAAGAAACUAACCAAACCGAUGGAGAGCACAAAAAAUAUAAUUCCCAAACCAGUCAAGAUUCGGGAAACUAUUCUAAUGAAGAUGAAAGCAGUGGAAGCAAAUUCAGCGAAGAAUCCCUGAACCAGGAAACCGAGUGA